AUGGCCGACCUCAAGCGACGCAAAGUCUCGCGCAGCGUGCCCUCGAAACGCCCCGAGCCCGAAGAAGCCGUCUCCAGCAGUGAAUCUGAAGAAGCCGUCUCCAACAGCGAAUCCGAAGACGAGUCGGAGACGGUCGAUGCCCAGCCCGAUGGCGAGGAAGAAGUGCAGGCGAAAACCUUUAAAGAACUUGGUAUCGUCGAGGCCCUCUGCGAAUCCUGCGAAGCCCUCGGCUACAAGACCCCGACCGGCAUCCAAGCCAAGUCGAUCCCCGUCGCCCUCGAGGGCCGCGACGUAAUCGGCCUCGCCGAGACUGGCUCCGGCAAAACGGCCGCCUUUGCGCUGCCCAUGCUGCAGGCGCUGCUCGACAAGCCGCAGCCGCUGUUCGGCCUCGUCCUCGCGCCGACGCGCGAGCUGGCGGCGCAGAUUGGCCAGACGUUCGAGGCGCUCGGCGCGCUCAUCUCGCUGCGCUGCGCCGUCAUCGUCGGCGGUCUCGACAUGGUGCCGCAGUCCAUCGCGCUCGGCAAGAAGCCGCACGUCAUCGUGGCAACCCCCGGCCGCCUCGUCGACCACCUCGAAAAGACAAAGGGCUUCUCGCUGCGCACGCUCAAGUACCUCGUCAUGGACGAGGCCGACCGCCUGCUCGACAUGGACUUUGGCCCCAGCAUCGACAAGCUGCUCAAGUUCAUCCCCCGCGAGCGCCGCACCUACCUCUUCUCCGCCACCAUGAGCUCCCGCGUCGAGUCGCUGCAGCGCGCCUCACUCCGCGACCCCGUCCGCGUCAGCGUCUCCUCCAACAAGUACCAGACCGUUUCCACGCUGCUCCAGCACUACGUCUUCCUCCCCCACGCCGACAAAGAUACCUACCUCAUUCACAUCAUCAACGAGUUUGCCGGCAAGUCGUGCAUCGUCUUCACCCGCACCGUUUACGAGACGCAGCGCUGCGCAAUCCUCCUCCGCACCCUCGGCUUCGGCGCUAUUCCCCUGCACGGCCAGCUUUCCCAGUCGGCGCGUCUCGGCGCCCUCAACAAGUUCCGCGGCGGCAUGCGCGAGAUUCUCGUCGCCACCGACGUCGCCGCCCGUGGUCUGGAUAUUCCGAGCGUCGACGUCGUCCUAAACUACGACAUCCCCUCCGACUCCAAGACGUACAUCCACAGAGUCGGCCGUACCGCGCGUGCGGGCAAGUCUGGCGUCGCCAUCAGCCUGGUCACGCAGUACGACCUCGAGCUCUUCAUGCGCAUCGAGGCCGCGCUGGGCAAGAAGCUCGGCGAGUACCCGACGGAAAAGGAAGAGGUCAUGGCUUUCAAGAGGCGCGUCGAGGAGGCGCAGCGCCAUGCGCGCCUCGAGAUGAACAACAUCAUGGAGUCGCGCAACAAGGGCGCCACGUCAAGGAAGGGCCGAGGCGACCGCGGCAACAAGCGGAGGCGAGAGGACAUGGACAGAGAGGAGCGGUAA